AUGUCUAAGAAGAGCGUUAGCUCGUUGACCGAGGCUGACCUUAAGGGAAAGAGGGUGCUUGUCAGAGCUGAUCUGAACGUCCCUCUAGCCGGCGAUAAGAUCACUGACGACACGCGCAUUCGCGCGGCCAUUCCCACCAUCAAGCACCUGACGGAGAAGGGUGCUAAGGUCCUUCUCACGACCCACUUGGGACGUCCCAAGGGCGUCACCGAGAAGUACCGCCUGACACCUCUCGUUCCUCGGCUCUCAGAGCUUCUCGGCCAGGAGGUGAAGAAGGUCGACGAUUGCAUUGGCGAGGCCGUCGAGAAGGCUGUCGCGGAGCUCGAGGAGGGUCAGGUGGUGCUGCUCGAGAACGUGCGGUUCCACCCCGAGGAGGAGAAGAAUGUCGCCGACUUCGCGCAGAAGCUCGCGGCGAACGCGGAUCUGUAUGUUAACGAUGCGUUCGGCACGGCGCACCGCGCGCACGCGUCCACAGAGGGCGUCACCAAGUUCCUGAAGCCGUCCGUUGCCGGAUUCCUGCUUCAGAAGGAGCUGGACUACUUGGUUGGAGCAAUUGCUGAGCCGAAGCGGCCGCUGGUGGCGAUCGUGGGUGGAUCCAAGGUGUCUACCAAGAUCGGCGUGCUUGAAUCGCUUCUUAACAAGUGCGACGCGCUGCUGCUUGGCGGCGGCAUGAUCUUCACGUUCUACAAGGCGGAGGGCAAGUCAGUCGGAGCAUCGCUGGUGGAGGAGGAUAAGGUGGAGCUGGCGGGUAGCCUCAUCAAGAAGGCGUCGGAGAAGGGUGUCCAGCUGCUGCUGCCCACUGACGUCAAAAUCGCCAAUAAAUUCGCCAACGACGCGGAGACCCAGGUGGUUUCAGCAGACGCCAUUCCAGACGGCUGGAUGGGUCUGGACAUCGGUCCUGACAGCAUCAGUGCAUUCUCUAAGGUCAUCAAUGACGCCAAGACCAUCAUCUGGAACGGCCCCAUGGGCGUCUUCGAAUUCAAAAACUUCGCCAAGGGAACCAAUGACAUUGCCUACAGGCUCGCAGAUGCGACAGAGAAGGGUGCCACGACCAUCAUUGGAGGGGGUGAUAGCGUGGCAGCAGUGGAAAAGGCAGGAUUGGCUGACAAGAUGAGCCACAUUUCGACAGGUGGCGGCGCAUCAUUGGAGCUGUUGGAGGGUAAGGUGCUCCCUGGCGUUGCUGCUCUCGAUGAGGCGUGA